CUCAUGUCCUUCUGUUUUCCAGAAGUUCAGUGUUGUCGAGCAGGAGAAAAUCGACAAGUUCAUGCUGGAGUUGGACGGCACAGAGAACAAAUCUAAGUUUGGAGCCAACGCCAUCCUGGGCGUGUCGCUGGCCGUCUGUAAGGCCGGAGCGGCGGAGAAGGGCGUCCCUCUGUACCGCCACAUCGCCGACCUCGCUGGACACAAAGACGUCAUCCUUCCUGUUCCUGCCUUUAACGUGAUCAACGGUGGAAGUCACGCUGGGAACAAGCUGGCCAUGCAGGAGUUCAUGAUUCUCCCUGUAGGAGCCUCAAACUUCCAUGAGGCCAUGAGGAUUGGAGCUGAGGUCUACCAUAACCUGAAGAACGUCAUCAAGGCCAAAUACGGCAAAGACGCCACCAACGUGGGCGAUGAGGGAGGCUUCGCCCCCAACAUCCUGGAGAACAACGAGGCCCUGGAGCUGCUGAAGACGGCCAUUGAAAAGGCCGGCUACCCCGAUAAGAUCAUCAUCGGCAUGGAUGUGGCCGCCUCCGAGUUCUUCCGCAGCGGGAAGUACGACCUGGACUUCAAGUCCCCCGACGACCCGGCCAGACACAUCAGUGGAGAGCAGCUGGGAGACCUGUACCGCAGCUUCAUCAAGGGCUACCCAGGUAAGGACACACCUGGAGGGAAGAACUCAAACGUGCAGGAUGCCGGGCCUCAUGGACCCMCUUUGRACMCCACUGRGCUACAGGAAGUGAACAUCAGACCCRAAGCAGCUUGUUGCCUGGCGAUGACCAGCAGCCGGAUCGAGUCCCAGGAGCGACGGGGCCGUGAGGAAGAGGAGGAGGAGGAAGAGCUCCAGAACCAUUACUGGACCCGCUCCAGCCCCGACCCAGACCCUCAGGAUGGUUCAUGUAACCCUGUGUGCUGGUCGGGRUUAUCUGGCCCUGUGAGGACAGAGACCGGUUCUGACCCAGUCCAGCAGCAGUUCUGGCCUGGUUCUGAUGUUACUGUGGCCUGUAGUGAUGGAUGA